GAGGGAAAAACAGAAGAGAAAAAAAGGAGUGAAAAAGUUGAAGCACAUUCACACCUGAUAGCUCGGGUAACACCACGCUGUAAAACUACACGAUCGAGAAAGUUGAUGCUUCCGACAAAAACCCUCUAUAAGAGAAAGACGUGGAGCAAAGGACAAAAUGAGAGACUCAGCAAAAAGAGGAAAUGGAGAGCAGAGGCAAAUGGAUUCAGCCAAUGGAAAACAAACUGGAGUACUGGUGAAGGAAGAUGAUUGCUCAUAUACUGUGAAGGUCCAAGGGGCAGGAGUGGAUGCGUUUGAGCUAACGAUCCCUGGGUUCUGUCUAGUCCAGGAUGCCCUAAUGACGAUUCUUAAUAAAGAAGAAGUGGCUCCUCGGACAUCUCUUGCUCUCUCCAUGUCUGGUGCAAACCUCGACCCUUUUGCUGAGCUCCAGAGUAUCAAAGGCUUCAAAGCAGGAGUCACACUCAGAUUAAUAGAGGAGCCAUACUCACCCCGGUCAGCUCAAGCUCAUCUGGCUCGUGUUCAGGAGCUGCUGAGUGCUCCUAGUCCUCAGGAUGCCUUGAGGGAGGGCAGAUCCCAGAGUAUACUAAAUACACUCACACACACUGCUGAUGCUUCUUCUAGUCACUCAUCAAAGGGCAAAAAAAAUAAGACUGAGCAGACCAGCGAAACUCCUUCACCUCCUGACUACAUCGUACCUGGGGCUACUGAGCGCCCUCCUCUGGCCACCUUACUGCCGAAUAGCACAUACUCUGAGGUUCCCAACUGCCUGCUGGAUUUGUCACUUAGCUGUUGGAACCCCCCACCGGGCUCCAGGAAACUCCAGGGUGACUAUCUGUACAUUAGCGUCCAAACACUGGAGGGCAAGAACUAUGACAUUACUUCAUCUCCUCGAGGGUUCUAUGUAAACAGGUCCACCGUGGAUGUUUUUGACCCACGUCCUGCCUCAUCCACUGCAGUGUGUCACUGCCUGACUGACCUGCUGUCUCAAAUCAGUCCACAGUUCAAGCAUAACUUCAGUACACUCCGACACAGGCCUACACUGUCGACAGAAGAGUCUAUGUCCACCCCUUACCAUACUAUGAGCUGGCUUGGAGGUUCGGCACUCUACUCUCAUAAAACUAACCAUAGCUGUAGACUGGGUUUGGAGCAAGGACUUAACGCUCAGGCACCAGACUGGAACGAGGAAAUGCAAACAGCUAGAGAUCUACCACAGACCACAUUAGAAGAGAGACUCCAAAGAGAAAAAACCUUACUACAGGUCAAUAGUGCCUUUACAUGGGCUGUGGCCCAGGCUGCUGAAAAAGUGAUUGAUGGCUUUGUUGAUCCAAUUAAUGGCGCUAACGAAGCUCCAGCAUUCCUGUGGGGUGGCCUGUUUAUGAACAUUGGUGGGCCUGGAGAAGAUUGGAUGGGUGGUGAACGGGGUCGAAGGGCAGCACAAAGACUUGAACUUCAAGCCAUACAGGCCUACAGUGAUUUAGAAGGAGACUUGCAGGCUCUACACACCCUCCCUACUGCUCUAGCUGACUACCGAGGCCUUCGUCUUUGUGCCCAAGGUCUGGCACCUGGCAUUCAGUCUCAGGACCAGACUGGGGUCCCGACAGGUCUCCUGUAUAGCUUGAGUACCGGGGCGUUAGAGAACCCAGCACGGAGAAAGCUCUUACAUUUGCUAGCCCAGUCAGCCAAGGCCCUUGGCCUGCAGAGGCAUGCAGUAGUGGGCCCUGCUGGCUAUCAGGUGGCUCUGUUCACCUCCAUUGAUGCCCAAGGACUGUUGGGAGCAGAUGGUCGUUAUUACAUACUUGAUGUAUUCCGUACAUCCCCUGCUGAUGCCAACUUCUAUUUGGCAGAAGGGGAAGAAGAGGCAAAAGAGGGCAGCGAUUCCAGGCGUUUCCCUCAUGGGCUUUGUCGUCUAAGGCCAGAGCUAAUCAAGGCUUUUGUGCAACACAAGCAUACUGAGUUUACAAAGCAUGUAAGAGAAAAGAUGGAGGAAAUCGAAGGCAUGGAGGAUAGUGCAACAUCUGGUGACUCUCCAGGCACAGAAGCAGUGAGAGCGGCAUGCAAAAAAGUCGGCUCUCUCAGUGACAUCAUCUUUGAGAUACGUUUUAACCCUGAUGUCUUCUCUCCAGGUGUGCAGUUUCCCAAUUCAGAAAGUGCUGCUGUGACCUUACAAGAGCGAUUAUUAAAAGAAGCUGCUGCAUUCAUUGUCAAUGAUCAGACACUCUCAUUUAUAAAUGACUGUCUGCACUGCAAUGAGAUGCCCAUAGAUGGAGCAACACUACGAAAAGCCCUACAUCAGAAAGGCAUAAACCUCCGGUAUUUAGGUCACUUGAUAUUCUCCAUCAAUCAGUCAGAACACAAGGAGCAGCUGAGGCACAUCACUAGAUUGGCUUAUUGCGAGAUAGUAGUUCGCUGUGCUCGAAGGUUCUUCAGUAGCUACAUACAGGGAGUAGAACUGGCUAACCUUUCAGCAGCUGUAAGUCACUUCUGCUGCUGCUUAUUGGUGCCUCACUUUAGCCCAGCCACAAAUAAUGAGGAGUCGAAGAAACGCUCCAGGAGACGUGGUCAUAAAGCUGGAGGGAGUGCUGAUAAUACUGCAUGGAGUUUGCUCAGUGGAAAUGAGCUGUGGACCAACAUAUGUCAGGAUGCUCUUGAGACUUAUGGUCUUAAACAGGGACUUGGGUCAAAUAUUGACCAGCUGGUUGAGCAGUAUGGGCUUCAGAAGAUAUCCUUAUUACGAGAAAUCUGCUUGAAGACAGGCAUACAGCUUCGGCUCCGGGAUUAUAGCUUUGACAACCGUACCAAAGCUCCAAUUUCUCCAGAUGAUGUGCUAAACCUUCUGCCUGUGGUCAAACACAUCACCAUGCCAACAACUGAUGCUAUGCGGUCAUACUGCGCAGCCAAAAAUAGCCUACAGAAAGGGUUGCUGGAGAAGGCGUAUGAGCAGUUGAAAGAGGCGGCGUACCUGUUCGGCCGUGUGUGUGACAGUUUACAUCCCGAGGCCUGCCACUGUCUCAGUCUGUUGGCGAAAAUGGCUUAUGUUCAGAACCACCCUGCUGAGGCUCGCAGUGUACAAAUGAAGGUGGUAGUCAUCAGUGAAAGAGUGCUGGGCUUCGACAAUCCAAAUACUAUUCAAGAAUAUGCGUUGUUGGCAGUGUACGUGUUUGCUGGAGGAGAAACUGCUUUAGCUUUGCGGUGUCUGUAUCGAGCUAAAUUGCUCAUGCUAACAGUUCAUGGUGAAGAUCAUCCAUAUACAGCAGUACUGGAUAGUUCUUUGGGCUUAAUGCUGCAGGGGGAACAAGCCAUGCAGUAUCUACAGAGUGCAUUGAGACUAAAUACUUCUUUCCGAGGUGCCAUGGACCUUACAACUGCCCUGAAUCACCACAUCCUGGCUCAGAGAAUGUGUGUAUCAGGCGAUUACAGAGGAGCCAUGGCUCAAGAGAAGGAAGCACACAACAUCUUUUCGAAGCUGUGUGGCGACAGUCAUCCGCAGACUAAGUGUAGCUCUGACUUCUUGAACGCCGUCACCCAGCAAGCAGUACGUGUGGAACGGUCCAUACGACAGGGAGGGGCAGAGCUUACAGGCUUAACACCACCCGAGACUCUGAUUCCCUCUGCUGAGACUACCCUGGAACAGUUAGCUCUGGUAAACGGCAUCCUGAAAACUUCAUACAGCAUGAGACUAAUGGAAUUCAAAGAGAAACUGAAGGAGAGAAGAGCCUGCGAGGAAGCGGAGAAGGCUAAAGAAAACUCAUCCGGUGAAGCCAAGGUUGUUGGGGAAGCUGCAUCCAGCGAGAAGCAGAAUGAAGUGGUGAUUGAUGAAAAAUCAAAGCAUGAACCAGAAAAAACAGAUGCUCUGGAAGACACACCUGACCAUUCUCAAAUGAACGGGGAACUGGAGUCUCACAUAGAAAAUGGAGACUGUGCAACAACUGCACCUGAUGAUUGUGUAUUAUCCAUAAUUUCAAUUGAAAAAACAGAGUUAAAAGAGAUCAUUACAGCAACCAGCACUGAACCAGCUGUAUUAAAUGGAGAAUUCAAGGCUACUGAUGAAGUAAUUAUUAGGGAGAAAGAGACCCUGGAGAAUUGAGACAUCUACAAUUUGAUAGCAG